AUGCCGAACGUGGAGAAGCCCACCGAUCAAGCAUCCUCCACCUCGACCGCCUACCCUCCAGCAGCCAUCGCCACCACCAAAGUCCCUUCUUCAGAUACACAAGCCGAGCAGGAAUACUAUCCGCCCCCAACAUCAAGCUACUACUUUGGCGCACCAGACGCUAGCCGCGCAUUUGGUGAGCCCCAAACGGGCACGCCUGGGCUACAUCUGCCGAAGGAGAUCGUACGGAUCGAACGAGACUAUUCGCUCGGCGAACUACCCCAAUACCACCCCUCUUUCCCACUCGAGCUCGAGACGCGGCUCAGUCCAACAACGUUUAGCGAAAUCGUCAACGAUAUCAACAGCUUGCUCGUCGAGGCGCACAAUUCGACGCGGGUGUGGGUGGAUAACGUUGUUGCGAUAGGCACGUUCUACCUCUCCACUCUGGUGCUCGGGACGCAUUACAGACGCACAAUGAAGAAGCUCGACGAGCUGGUCGAGAGAGUGAACAGGGAGACGAUGCACCCAGCAGGAUUGAAUCUCGUCCACCCGCACAGGACCGCAUUCCUCUUUUUGGAGGUGGAAUACUUUUAG